AUGGCGGCGGCUCCGCUGCUGCUGCUGCUGCUGCUCGUGCCCGUGCCGCUGCUGCCGCUGCUGGCCCAGGGGCCCGGGGGGGCGCUGGGGAACCGGCAUGCGGUGUACUGGAACAGCUCCAACCAGCACUUGCGGCGAGAAGGCUACACGGUGCAGGUGAACGUGAACGACUACCUGGACAUUUACUGCCCCCACUACAACAGCUCAGGGGUGGGCCCCGGAGCGGGCCCCGGGCCGGGCGGCGGGGAGCAGUACGUGCUCUACAUGGUGAGCCGCAGCGGCUACCGCACCUGCAACGCCAGCCAGGGCUUCAAGCGCUGGGAGUGCAACCGGCCGCACGCCCCCCAUAGCCCCAUCAAGUUCUCGGAGAAGUUCCAGCGCUACAGCGCCUUCUCGCUGGGCUACGAGUUCCACGCCGGCCACGAGUACUACUACAUCUCCACGCCCACCCACAACCUGCACUGGAAGUGUCUGAGGAUGAAGGUGUUCGUCUGCUGCGCCUCCACAUCGCACUCCGGGGAGAAGCCGGUCCCCACUCUCCCCCAGUUCACCAUGGGCCCCAAUGUGAGGAUCAACGUGCUGGAAGACUUUGAGGGAGAGAACCCCCAGGUGCCCAAGCUUGAGAAGAGCAUCAGCGGGACCAGCCCCAAGAGGGAACACCUGCCCCUGGCCGUGGGCAUCGCCUUCUUCCUCAUGACACUCUUGGCCUCCUAGCUCUGUCCCAUGCCUUGGUGGGGAGAGAUGGGGCGGGGCUGUGAACAAGCGACAAGUCUUUGGCCUCUUAACGGGAAGCCUAGCUGUGGGCCUGCACCCCCCCUCCCAUGGCUGGAAGUGGGGUCCGCACCAUGCAUUGUGCCCACUCCCUCUGCCCCUCCCUCCAGGUAGGGCACUGUAGUGGACCAGGCACAGGGACAGUCAAAGGUCCCAGGUGACCUGGUGGCUCUGUAAUGUUUGGUACCAAAUUUGGGGCCAUAAAGGGCAGUUCUCAGGACGUCCUGCCCCCUGGUACCUCUCCCUGACCCCUGGCUCCCUCCCCUUUUGUCCCCCCAGAGAGACAAAAAUGCCCCAGAGAGAGCAAGCCAACGUGAAAGGUGCCCCAUCACUCUCCUCCAGGGACAGAACGUGGGGAGGGGACUAAAUGGGCAAGGGGGUAGCACUGCCCGCUGCCCCUUCCCCUGUUUACAGCAAUAAGCACGUCCCCCUCCCCCCACUCCCACUUGCAGGAUUGUGGUUUGGAUCAAAUCCAAGUUUACAAGUAGACCCCCCUAGGGAGGCAGGCAGUGGACGGGUGGCAGGGGUGGGCACUGGGGUGCCAGGCAGGCAUGUACAGACUCUAUAUCUCUAUACAUAAUGUACAGACAGAGUCCUUCCCCCUCCCUAACCCCGGCCUCCCUUGACCCCCCUUCCAGCUUCAGACCCCUUUCCCACCAGGCUAGGCCCCGCCGGGGACCCCCUGGCCCCUCUUUUGUCUUCUGUGAAGACGGGACCUAUGCAACGCACAGACACUUUUGGAGACCGUGAGACAGCGACGCCCCUCCCUUCCAGCCCUGAGCCAGCCGGGAGCCAGAUCCCAGGACCUUGCCCUGCCCACCCCACGUGGUCCCCACCCAUCCUGGGCCUUUUUCAAGUGCUUUGGCUGUGACUUUCAUACUCUGCUCUUAGUCUAAAAAAAUAAACUGGAGAGAAAAAUAACCGAGUGUGUGUGAUUUGAAGGGACCGGCGCCCUCCGUUCCCCUGGUUCUGCUCCACAGGGCACAAGGCCUGGGCUGGGGGGGAGAUUCUGAGCCACAGAGUCCCCUGAACUGUGCUGUGGCUUAUCUCCUCUGAGAGGCAGCUCUGUGGGGAGAGAGCAAGAGAGGCUUUAAGUUGGGCCUGGUUGACUUUGAGCAAAUACCUUAACCUCUCUGGGCCUCAGGUAUCCAUCCCAUCAAACAAACUGGGCCAUACCAUACCUGUCAGGGUUGGUGUAAGGAUUAAAUAACAGGGGGAUUAAAGGCUCUAUCAGUGAUUAUCUUCUUUUCUUCCCAUGGUGAUGUGAUCAGAGGUUCUUGCCUGGGGUCUUUGGAUUCCAGGGAUUUGUGAACCUAGCUAGAAAAAAAAAAUGUUUAUUUUCACUUACCUGUACCUAAAAUUUAACAUUCUCUUAUGUAUGUGGGCAGCAAACCACAGUAUAGUAAUUAAUGACCUGUGACUUUGUAACGGGCAGAAAUCACAGAUGUUUUCAGACUGCACUGUAGUUGUGGACGAUAUCUCACAAGAUCAUUUACUCUCAUCACUACUUUGAAAUGGUCAUAGUUGUUAGACCUUUCUUGUCUUCAAUGUG